GACAUCCACUCUUGUCCCUAUAGAACAGUCUGUUGGUGGCGUGAGAGUGGACAGCCCCGGAACGUAGUCUUUCGUUAUUCAUAGCUGCGUUUGAGGUGCGGAACAAAACUGCCUACCAGCUAUGUAUGGCUCUGCUCACUGUGCUGGAUUCCUUGUCUGGUGAAGUGUGCUUAGAGAGCACGCGAACGCUUACUUUCUGAAUAAAACUAAGUUGGUCUUAAAGGUGCAACUUGAGUCCUAUUUUGUUCUACUACUUCAGACCAACACGGCUGACUACUUGAGUCCACGCUCCAAAAGAUCCAUUUUCUCCAAGGACCCAUUUGUCCUUUUGCCUCCACGCUAAGUUUUUACCCCUCAACAGAAGAGUAGAUAUCCAACCGGAAGUCAUGGAAGGUGCGUUACCGUAGUCUUUUUAUCUCUACAGAGGAAAGCAGCCUCCCAUUCUCGCGAGAAUAUCAUGAGAAACCUGAAGGGGUCUGGGAGAAGAGUGUUGUUUCCUGGAACAGAACGUGGAAGUGCCUUGCAAUCGUAUAUCCCUUACUAAAUAUGCACACUUUUUUCUGCCGACCUUGGUAAUGGAAGUGGAAGCUGCACAAGAAUUGCAACUAUGACACAAGAGUUAGAAAAUGCCUCAAUGUGGCCAAUGGGAUUGUGUGUGUUUUGUGGCCUACCAGCUGCAGGCAAAACAACAAUGGCACAAGCACUCAGUGAUUUUUUGAAGAAGCAUAAAGGUUGGCUUUGUGUUCACCUCACCUAUGAUGAACUUAUGCCUCCGGAAGCAUUCAGCCAAUCAGAGAUGAGCUCAGGACAGGAGGGACAGCAGUCAUUGGCAUCAAACUGGAAAUUCUACAGACAUGAAUUAUUGAUGUACCUUGAAUGCCUCCUGCAGGCUCUUAUUAAAGGAUGCCAUUAUUUGCUUCCUCCAAAAGAAACUGAAGUAAUUUGGAAAAACUUUGUUUGCUGUUUGAAAGAUCAAGGCUUAAUAUCUUUGAGAGCAGAAGACACAGCAAUUAGUCAACAUUUAAUCAAUAUUGCCACUCUCAGACCAACAUAUUUUAUUUUAGAUGACAACUUUUAUUAUCGAAGUAUGAGAUAUGAAGUUUACCAAUUAGCUCGCAAAUAUUCACUGGGCUUCUGUCAGUUGUUUUUAGACUGUCAGGUUGAGGCCUGUAUACAGAGAAAUUGCCAGAGAACUCAGCCAUUACCUGAGGAAACCAUACAUGCAAUGGCACAGAAGCUGGAAGUUCCAAAUCCAGAGAAAUACACAUGGGAGCAGUACAGUGUCAUUUUGAAGAGUACAGAAUAUUCUUUGGAGGAUAAUCUUAAGGUACUCAAUUUGUUGUCUGUUACUCUGGAAAACCCAGUGAAACAGCUGGAAGAUAAUACAGAAUUCAAGGAAGUUGAUCGAGCUCUUUGUGCAGCCAGUGUCCUUCAUCAAGCUGACCAGGCAGUCAGGCGAAUUGUCUCUCAAACAAUGAAGAAUGCAAAAGAUAAUCUUAUCCCAAGUGAGAUGAAGAGUUUGGCACAGGAACUCAAUCAGCUGAAAGUGGGAUUCUUGGAAGAUUUAAGACACGAGUAUAAUGAAAAGAAACAGUGUUAUUCAGCAAGCACAUUUGAUAUAAAAACAUCUUUAUUCCACCAACGGGCCAAUGAUAUUGUUAAGAAAUAUGUGUUACACAUGUAGCAGUGUGUGUAUUACUGCCAUGUGCAGGGAGUGCAAAACACAAACAAUAAGCAUUUUUAAAAGAACUCUCAUACCAUAGUCAAGUUUCUAUAUGUUGGUGUAUGUGAAAUUUAUAUAAUUUGAGGAAUAAACUAUCAACUACUUAGAAAA